UCCCCAAUACUAAGAAUAUUUCAUGCAGUGUUGCAGCACCACCGAGGAUAAAGAAACAUAAUUGUUUGAAAAAUUAGAGGAAAGGACCAUGUCUACUAAUAACUUGACACCAAAUGUACUAAACACUAUAUCCCAUAAAGAAAUUACAGAAUCUCAGAUCGAUUCUUAUUGUUCAUGCUCCCAAUGUAACUUAAGCCUGUGCUUUGAAUUACGUAAAAAAUCUACAUCGUCUUGUACGUGUAAUGUAUGCAAACAACCAAAAAUUUGUGCCAAAUUAUCGAAAAAGGUAACUGAUAAGGAGCCCUAUUCUACAAAUAUUGAUGAGACUACGAUAAAAAAUGAAAUAAAUCAAAAUGAAAAAGAAUUAUUUCACGUAAUAACUGAAGCAGCAAAUUGUUCUAUUGGCAAUCGUGAAUAUACAACAAAUAUCAGUAAAGAUAUUUCACUUGCAGAUAAUAAGCCUUAUUCUACAAAAAGUAAUAUAGCUUGGAUAAAAAAUGAAAUAAAUCAAAUUAAAAAUGAAUUUUGUCACGUAAUAAAUGAAGCAACAAAUUCAUUUACCGAUAUUUAUAAAUUUACAACAAAUGUUAGCAAAGAUACUUCAGUAACCAAAAUUAAGCCCUAUUCUACAAUAGUCAAUACGGAUUUGAUAAUAAAUGAAAAAAAUCAACUUGAAAAAGAAUUAUCUCCUGUUAUUAAUGAAGAAGAAAAUUCACAUAUUGAUAAACGUAAUAAUACAACAGAUAUCAGUAAAGAUAUUUCUAUUACAAAAAAUCCCUAUUCUACAAAAGCGGAUUUAAUUAAAAAUGAAAUAAAUGAACUUGAAAAAGAAUUUUGUCAAGCAAUAAAUGGAGAAGCAAAUUUAUCUAUAGAUAAACGUAAAAAUACAACAAAUAUCAGUAAAGAUAUUUCUAUUUCGAAAAAUCCCUAUCCUACAAAAGAUAAUGAGGACUUGAUAAAAAAUGAAAUAAAUGAACUUGGAAAAGAAUUUUGUCAAGUAAAAAAUGGAGAAGCAAAUUCAUCUAUUGAUAAACGUACAAAUACAACAAAUGUCAGUAAAGAUAUUUCUAUUUCAAAAAAUCCCUAUUCUACACAAGUUAAUGAGGACUUGAUAAAAAAUGAAAUAAAUGAAUUUGAAAAAGAAUUAUGUCGUGUAAUAAAUGGAGAAGCGAAUUCAUCUGUUGAUAAAAGUAAUAAUACAACAAAUAACAGUCUUACAAAUAAUAGACUCUAUUAUACAAAUUUUAAUGAGGGUUUAAUAAAAAAUGGAAUAAAUCAACUUGAAAAAGAAUUUCGCCGCAUAAUAAACGGAGAACAAAAAUCACUUCCCGAUAAUAGUAACCAUAAAACAGAUACCAGUAAAAAUACAUCAUUUACAAAAAAUGAACUCUAUUCUGCAAAUGAAAAAUCUAAAUCAUCUUGUACCUGUAUUCAAUGCAAAAAACCAAAUACUUGUCCCAAAAUUAAGAAAGAGGUAACUGAUAAUAAGGUCUAUUCUCCAAAUAUAAACGAGGAUUCAAUAAAAAAUGAAAUAAAUGAAAUCGAAAAAGAAUUAUGUCACAUAAAAAAUAAAGAAGUUAAUUUAUCUACUAAAAAUAGAAAUGUAGAAAAAUGCAGGAAAGAUAUAUCAAUCACAGAAGAUAAGACCGAUUCCAAAAAUAUUAAUGAAGUUCCAAAAAAUCAGCGUAAAAAAGAAAUUAGUCGCGUAAUAAAAAAAGACGCAAAUACAUCUAAUGAUAAUCGUGAAUAUACAAAGUAUAGCAGUAAAGAUAUUUCACUAACAAAAGAUAAAAUAGCUUGGAACAUUAAAGAUAAAUCAUAUACAAAAUCUUCUACACGUCACCACAUACAUAGUGUCUCUAUUAAUUAUAAGCCAAAAGAAAAUCAUUUUCACAAGGAAAAAUACUUACCGAGAGAAAACUCCUUACUAAAUGAAACUCCUUUACCAAAAGAAGAUUUGUUACCAAAACAAAACGCGCCACCUAAAGAAAAUUCCUUAUCAAAAGAAAAUAACUUACUAGAAAAAUCGAAAUUAAGCGCACAAGUAAUGAAUUUGCCUUUUAACGAUUUUAGAUCCUCUCUUUCAUUCGCAAACUCCCAAUCAAAUAUGUCUUCUUCGAAUUUCAAUAAAAUUAUUAAACCAGAUUUUUUAACAAAGUUGAAAGAAAUAUACAACGCGUGUAGUUGUAAAGUAUGUGAAUGCAUUUCUGGAAAAUUUCUAUUCAGUAAUGAUGAUACUUGCAAUUGUAAACCUUGUGAAUGUGAUGAAUGUACUAAAUACGCGAGAAAUAUUAAAGACGAUUUAAAAUCUGCACCACACUCCGGAUGUCCUUGCGUUAGUUGUGACAGAAAAGAUUGUCGAGGUGUUGUAAAGAACGAACAAUACGAAAAAAAUUGCGAUUGUAGACCCUGCGAUUGUGUAAAAUGUUGGGAUUUUCUUUCAAAACCAUGUAACUGCGAGCCCUGUCAAUGUACAGAAUGUAAUGCAUUAGGAGCCUCUCUACUGCGAACAGUCAUAGUUGCACCCGUACAAGGAAAUUUUCAGCAGACUAUGUGUCAAUGCGAACCUUGUGAAUGUAUAAAUUGCACCCAUAACUACACUGCUAUGGCUUCAAAUUUGAGGCGUCAAGUAUCAACAGAGAUAAUGACACAUGCAAUCUGUCACUGUGAAAGAUGUUCAAAUGAUGCAUGUCAGCUUAAUAGCGAAGUUUGUAGAUGCGAUAUGCGUAGCAAAUUAAUAACGAAACCUAAUGAGAGAGCUAGUCGCGACUACGAUAUUCAUAGAGCUACAAUUAAUUACCAAGAAAGUACAGGUCAAUUUAACAGUCAUGACACUAUAGUCACAUACGUUCUAUCUAGUAAUGACUACUCAAACCCCAAAUCGUAUCGUAAAAGCAAACGCGACGAUUGCCAAUGCUUAAAUUGUGAAUGCAUGGUAUGCGAAGGGAAACGCAAAACGUUAAAUAAAAGUCCUGAACCAUAUCAUGAUUCAUUCAAUACUUGUAAAUGUUCAUCUUGCGAAUGUGAAAUAUGUAGUAAAAUUAACAAACAAACAUUUGGAAAAGUAAGUUGCUUUCGAUUUAAUUGCGGAUUUAAUAAAUGCGAUUGUUUUGAUUGUAAGAGUUUACUCCACUACGCUAAUGAAGACAACAAUAUAAUAUCAGCUAAGAAUAGUUCGUGCAAGACAUGUUAUCCAGUUAAAAAGGGUAAACUUUUAACACCAUCUAUGUUUGACGCCCACAUGAAUUCCGUAUCUAAAAUAGAAAGUUGUAUGAGUAAUAUUAAGCUUACAAAAGAAACUAUAAAUACGUCUCACUUUAAUAUACCUGUGAAUGAUUCUUUCUUUAGGAAAACAUCACGUUAUAAAAAUGUAACAGCAUGCCACACAGAAUCGAACCAUAAAAAUAUAGAGAGUGUCUAUGACAAAAAUAAUAUAUUAUCUGAUGUUUCUGAACUUCCGUCAAAAAUCAUUUCAUCAAAUACUUACUAUCAAAAUGCAAAUUUAUUAAAGAAAGUAAGGGAUGAUAUGCAUCAAAAAGAAAAGAACACCAUACUUUCCAAAAAUAGCGCUGAUAAUAUGCGAACUCAUGAUAAACUAUGCGAGAUUUUUAAUGCAAGAAAACAAAAACCCAUAAGAGACAUUGAAUUAUUAGAAAAAUACAUAUCUUUAUCGAACAUGCUGCCUAAAACAAAUGUAGCAUCAAACAAAUCUUCAACAAACUCAAAUAAUGCUUCAAGUCAAAUGUUAAAUAACGACAUUUCUGGGACACUCGAUGUACAUAGAAAAAAUGACCCAUGUGUAUAUCAAAAUACAUCCAAAGAAUUCGUUUAUACAAUUCCUUCGUAUGCUGUAAGUACUGAAUACUUAAAUGAAAAACAAAAUUAUAAUACAUUCCACGCUAAUUCCUCAAAAAAUAUUAUAUUGUGUGAUAAAAUGUCAUCAUUAAUUAAUAUUGCUGGUCACGAUUGUAAAAAUGAAUUUGUUAAUACAAAUAAAAUCAACGGUAACAAUGAUUUUCAAACUAAAUUUCAAGACACAAGUGAUAUAAAUUCAGUCGAUUUCUUAGGAGCUACUUAUAAUACCAGCACAUUUACAACAGAUUCCAAUGUAAUUAUGGAUUUAAAGAACGGUAAAGUAAAUAAAGACUUGAAAGCUGAAGAAAGGGAUAGUUUUACCGCAAAAUGUAGGACGAAACUAUCAAAACAUAACAUUCAUAAAUGGUCUAAAAAGAGUAAAGGCAAAACAUAUAAUCAAUUGUAUAGCAGAAUAAUGAAGCGAAGAGUUAGUGCAAAGAAUAUUACACAUACAAAUCAAACGAAUUUUGAACCGGAAGGAAGUGCUAUAUUUGAGUCUGUUAAAAAAAACUUAUUGUCUGUAAAUGAUAACGAAGGGGAGAAUUUAAAUUUAGAAGAAAAAAAUAAGACAGACUUGGCUUUUCAAAGAAUGGUUUUACCCGAGACAUCGAAUAAUCUCACAUCGGAAAAUAUUUUAUGUAAAAACUUGAACACGGAAAUGCAAAACAAUAAUGCAAUAGAUAGUAAUAAAGCUUGGCCGAUACUGAGAAAGAAUUUAUAUUUAACUUGUGCCGAAGUCGCUAAAAGUAAGGGUAUUUGUGCUAUACCCACAAUGGAAUUCAAUAUUAAGACAACAUUGAAAUCAAUUUCAUUGCAAACUCCGGAAUGUGUCAAUAAAGUUGAAACAAGCAACGGAAAACAGGCAUUGACUCGGCUACUUAUUGAAGUGAAUAAUUUAUUAAAUUCACCGCUUCUGCAAUCAUCGCAUUCAAAUAAGUCUCCUGAUAUAAAACAAGAAUCAAAUCAUCUAUCUAAGAGUAAAUUGGAUUUAGAUCUUAAAAAUAUUCAUGAAAAUGCCACGUCACACACGCAUUCAAAGUGCAACUCUAUUGACAAGGAAACGUAUUGUAAUCUCAUCCGAUCGAUGGAAAAGCUUCAAGAAAAUAUAACCAAUCUAAUGAAUAAUGUGUUAACAAACGCUGUUUAUAAAUCAGAACUCUUAACGAAUAAGUUAAAUAUGGAAAAGCUUACGCACCAACUACCUAAAAUAAAUUCGGUCAAAAGCAGCUGCCAUGGUUUCAAAGCUACGUUCAUAGGACUAAGAACUAUUUCAGACCACACCGUGAUGGUGAAAUGGAGAAUACCACGUGAAAUAAUUUAUGUUCAAGGAUAUGAGCUACAAGUAGACGGUCGACCAGUUCAGAAGAUAUUCAGCCCAACGAGAUGCAUGGCAAUUUUGACAUGCUUACCGCAUAGUGAAAAACUACUGCUAACCAUUCGUACACUGAUCACUUCUAACUUACCAUUUGAUCACCAUCCAGCAGCUACUAUUGUUUAUCGUCCUCGCGUAAAAGGAAAUGCUGUUUCCAGUAACUAAUACAUAUUAUAUUGACUACAUUGUUUAUCUAAAAAUGACGUUUAAUAAUAUGCAUUGUACAUGUCUAUCAAAACAAAUUAAAUUGUCAUAUAAUAAAUAAAUGAAUAUUCUU